CCUGGCUUUGCUGCUCCCAUCCUUCUUGGACAUCUGAAGAGCAAACAAGAGGCAAGAACAGCAUCUGAAUAAAGAUGAGGUCUCUGUUGGGAUUUACGUUCCUGCUUCUCAUCCAAAGCUGCCUUCAAUGCGCCUGAUAUUCUCUGAGGAUCAAAGGAGGGUCAUCCCAAAGAGAGAAAAGACACAGCUGUUCAGAAUGUUCCUCUCAGCACUUACCUUUCUGUACCUGUUCUCCACGUUGACCAGUGCUGCUUCCAGCUUUUCCGAGACUUGCACCGUCCCUGAUGACAAGCAACAUUUGGUCAGAAGCCUAGAAAAGCAAAUGGUGGACUAUGCCAAUCUGCUGUAUUCACCUGACCCCAGCAUCCUGAUUGCUUUGAACCUGGCAAAGAACCAAGAUAUCAGUGUGAGAAGGCUACUCCUGCAGCAGCUCCAAGACACAGCUGCAAAAGAGAUGACAUCUGGCAAAGUGGCCCUUUAUGUCCUGGCUCUUCAGUCAUCCUGUGAAAAUCCUGCUAAUGUCACUACACCGGAAAAGAGAAUCAACCUGGUCCAAGUUCUAGAGGAGAAAACAAAGGAAGAGAUUGACCAUUACAAUGUCCAUCAUGCCCCCAAGACAACCUACUACCAGUUGGCACUGGAUGUUCUGGCCUUGUGUGUAGUAGACAGCUCAGAAGCUGAAACGGCUGCUAGAAUCCUUGCUGAAGCUGCAGAGUCUAAUCACUUCCAGAUUGGGGGCCAUUUCUCAGUAGAUACUGCAGCCAUGGCAAGUUUGGCACUGACCUGCGUGUAUAAUGAAAUAAUGACAACUAAGAAUAACAAGCUUGUGGGCAUCAUUCAGCAUACCUUGAGCUACAUCACAAAAAAAAUUCUUGAUGAACAGAAGUGCAAUGGCAUAAUUGGUAACCUCUAUAGCACUGGCCUAGCAAUGCAGGCCCUCAGCGUUACUUCCGAGUUUUACAAUGUGGGGGCAUGGAGCUGUACCAACACUCUUGACAAAAUGCUGUUUGAGGUUUAUCUGGGAGCCUUUAAUACUCCUGGCGCCGCUUCUCAAAUCCUGCCCUCUCUGGUGGGCAAAACAUACCUGGAUAUACAGGGCCUCGUUUGUUCCCCAGAAAAAGUUCCCACCAUUAAGGUACAGUACACCAUUAUCAAGGACCAGGGAGAACCCAAGUUCACAUUUUCCAUAACAGUGGAGGUGCCAAAGGGCUCCGUACUACUUGCUGUCUUGGAAACAGCUCAGAGUGCUAAACCAAAUGAAUUCAGCUUUCAAACUGAACAGACCACCUGGGGUCCUAUGGUUGUCUCAAUCCAUGGCAUCCAAGCUGACACCAAUGAGAAGACUUACUGGCAGUUCCUCAGUGGCAAAAAACCACUUGACCUAGGUGUUGGCAGCUACAAGCCUACGGAUAAUGAGCACAUUGUGGCCAUCUACAGCAAAUAUUGAGAAGCCAACUCUUUAUAGGACAAAGGACAAAUGUUCAAAGAUGUAUCAGCCAAGCAUACCAAGCUACCAAGUAUACCCCUUACCCAGGUCAAGCAGAUAGGGCUGUUGAUGCAAGUGACAGUAUAUGGUUUUAGUGCCUUUUGUAUGAUACCUUGAGGUUCCAAAAACUUAACAAUAAAUGAAUUGUUGGAUGUUUCAAA